AAAAAAAGAAAGAAAAUGAAAAAAAAUCCUUUUACAUUUUCCCACUUUGUAGCUUCGAAUAACAAGAACCACACUCUCUUCGUCUCUCACAGUCCGAUCGUCACCGCCACCUUCCACCGCCACGUCCGACACCCAUCUCUCCGCCGUCGCACUUCCAACGCCAACAACAUUACAAUGUCUUUUCAGUGUAUGAGUUGCAAGCAACUAAGAACUGUUAUACUCUUUCAAGGGAAGACUGGUUAUUCAAACCCUUUCAGCACUAAAAUGAGGUGUUGUAAUUUUCUCCCUUUUAAGUUUUCGAAAAUGUGUUACCGGAUGAAGCAUAAAUUUACAGACCAGAAGGUUGUUGAAAUAGACCAGCACGGCGUAAAGAGCACUGUAAAGUUGCGUAAGAAGGUAUUUGCUCUUAUGGAUCAUAACAUCCCUGAUCUAAUUGGAAAUGGAAGCGGUGAAAUGAAAUCUAAAAUGAAUCGGAAAGAUGCAGUAGAUGAUUUCGACAUCUCCUUGAUGUGUAGGAUAUUUCCAUCAAUUACUUUGGGUAGUGCUCCUCAAGUGGGUUUGUAUGAUGGGACCACAGCAUAUUCUGAAACAAAUAUCAUUUCGGGAACCAAAGAUUUCGAACAACAUUUAUACGAUUCUAGUUUAACAUCUUCACCAUUACGAAAAGAUGAUUCUUUUCCUUGUCCUUUAACACCUCAAUCAGUGUCUUCAAUAUAUGAGGAAAAAUUGGAUCAAGUUACUAGGGAAGAUUCGCAAAAGAAAGUGGGGCUGCAGUCACAGUCAAACCUUACACUUAAUGAGUUAUCUCUCGACACAUCUGUCAAUUGCUUACCUGGAUUAACUAAGAAGCAACGUGAGCAACUAGAUAACUGUGGGUUUCACACGUUACGGAAAUUGCUGCACCAUUUUCCACGAUCAUAUGCUAAUCUACAGAAUGCACAUGGGAACAUUUAUGAUGGGCAAUAUUUGAUGUUUGUUGGAGAAGUCUUAUCUUCAAGGGGAGUCAGAGCUAAUUGUUCAAUUUCAUUACUUGAGGUGAUUGUUGGUUGUCAGAUUGCAGACAAGGAAUCGGAUAUUGAGCAUGUAACCGACAAAGUUGGGAAAACAAGGACAGUUUAUUUGCAUUUGAAGAGAUUUUUCCGUGGCACACGUUUUACUUUUAAAGGUUUCCUAAAUAGUAUUGCGAACAAGUAUCAAGUGAGAGACAUAGCAUGUGUGAGUGGCAAGGUUAAGACUAUGCCUGCUAAAGAUCACUACGAGAUUAGAGAAUUUAAUAUUGAUGUGCUUGAAGAUGGGAAAGAUUUAUCCCUUUGCGCAAAAGAGAGGCCAUAUUGUAUCUACCCUUCAAAAGGGGGUUUGAACCCAACAUUUCUUCGGGACAUCAUUGCAAGAGCUUUACAUGCCUUGCCAGUCAUUGUUGAUCCAAUUCCUAAAGACAUUAGAGAGGAAUUUGGACUCUUAAGUCUUCAUGAUGCAUAUUUUGGAAUUCACAAACCAAAGGAUAUUAGUGAAGCUGAUCUGGCCCGCAAGAGACUUAUAUUUGAUGAAUUUUUUUACCUGCAGUUAGGACAAUUAUUCCAAAUGCUCGAAGGUCUUGGUACACAAGUAGAAAAGAUUGGGUUGCUAGAUAAGUAUAGAAGACCAGAAAAUAACACGGUGUGUACAAAGGAAUGGUCCUGUCUCACCAAGAAGGUUUUGGAGCUCCUUCCCUAUACUCUUACUUCCGGUCAACUGCAAGCUGUUUCAGAAAUUAUUUGGGAUUUAAAAAGGCCGGUUCCAAUGAAUCGGCUACUUCAGGGUGAUGUUGGAUGUGGGAAAACUAUUGUUGCUUUUCUUGCAUGCAUGGAAGUUAUUGGCUCUGGCUACCAGGCGGCUUUCAUGGUUCCAUCUGAGUUGGUUGCAAUCCAGCAUUAUGAACACUUGCUUGCGUUGCUUGAAAACUUGGACGAGGUCAAGUUCAAGCCAACUGUUGCUUUACUCACUGGUUCAAUCCCAAUAAAACAAUCGCGGCUUAUUCGCAAGGGUAUCCAGACCGGAGAAAUUUCAAUCGUCAUUGGAACCCACAGUUUGUUUGCAGAUAGCGUUGAAUUCUCAGCCUUACGUAUUGCUGUGGUGGAUGAGCAGCAUCGCUUUGGUGUGAUUCAAAGAGGAAGAUUUAACAGUAAGUUAUUUUAUAAAUCUUCAAUUUCGAGUCUGGAGGAUGCUAUUACAGACAAGUCCUCAAAGACUGAUGAUUAUAUGGCUCCACAUGUUCUUGCCAUGUCUGCUACUCCCAUCCCAAGGACCCUUGCGCUUGCUUUAUAUGGUGAUAUGUCACUGACACAGAUAACCGACUUACCACAAGGAAGGAUUCCUGUUCAAACAUAUGCCAUUGAGGGAAGUGACAAAGGAUUUGAGGAUGCCUACAAGAUGAUGAUGGAUGAGUUGGAAGAUGGGGGGAAAAUUUAUCUUGUCUACCCAAUUAUCGAACUUUCGGAGCAGUUACCUCAGCUUCGUGCUGCUUCUGCAGAUCUCAAAGUUAUCUCAGACCGGUUUCCAGGAUACAAUUGUGGUUUAUUACAUGGGAGAAUGAGAAGUGAAGAAAAAGAAGAAACGUUAGGGAAGUUUAGGACUGGAGAAUUGAAUAUACUACUUGCCACUCAAGUAAUUGAAGUUGGUGUUGAUGUUCCAGAUGCAUCGAUGAUGGUUGUGAUGAAUUCUGAGAGGUUUGGAAUGGCCCAAUUACACCAACUCAGGGGCCGAGUUGGACGCGGAACAAGGCAGUCAAAAUGUAUAUUAAUAUCAUCAACUGCCAGUGGCCUUAAUCGUUUGAAAGUACUGGAGCAAUCAUCAGAUGGGUUUCAUCUUGCUAAUAUGGACCUAUUAUUACGUGGACCUGGUGACUUGCUUGGCAAGAAACAAUCUGGACAUCUUCCCGAGUUUCCUAUUACCAGAUUGGAAGUCGACGGCAAUAUUUUACAAGACGCACAUGUUGCUGCACUGAAAAUCUUAAGUGCUUCCCAUGAUCUGGAGCAAUUUCCUGCACUUAAACUGGAGCUUGGCAUGAGACAGCCACUUUGCCUGCUAGGUGAUUGAUCAAGGCUUGAUGUGAUCUUCAAGAGUUAACACUUAACACACUGUUCAUUGUGAUAAUUUUGUAAUGUAAAUAGUUUGAAUGGCUCUUCUUGGUUAUGUAGACAUGAUUUAGCCUUUAGGCUGAUGUUUAUAAGUUGAAAGACCAUUGUUAUCUUUGUAUCCUAUUUUCACUGUGAUUCUUCUUCCUUGUAAUCAUUGGUAGCAGUGGCAGUCUGAGCAUGUUCUCGAGAUUCGAUCAAACAAGGCCAUAUUUUUUGGAUGGCACCUUCUUUUUACCUGUUAAUAGAAAAUUUGACUUAUAGCACA